AUGAUGGAUUCUCUUCUGCAGGCUGGCAGUGAUGGGGAGAGCAUAGGCAACUGUCCCUUCUCACAGAGGCUCUUCAUGAUUCUUUGGCUGAAGGGAGUGGUGUUUAGUGUCACAACAGUCGACCUGAAGAGAAAACCAGCAGACCUUCAAAAUUUGGCUCCAGGCACUCACCCGCCCUUCAUAACUUACAAUGGUGAAGUGAGAACAGACGUGAAUAAGAUUGAAGAGUUCCUGGAAGAUGUUUUGGCUCCACCCAAGUACCUAAAACUUUCACCAAAGCAUCCAGAAUCCAACACUGCUGGAAUGGAUAUAUUUGCCAAAUUUUCUGCAUUUAUCAAAAACUCUAGACCAGAAGCUAAUGAAGCCUUAGAACGUGGCCUCUUGAAAACCCUCCAGAAACUGGACGAGUAUCUGAACUCUCCUCUUCCUGAUGAGAUAGAUGAGAACAGCAUGGAGGAUAUCACGAUUUCCACCCGCAAGUUUCUGGAUGGCAAUGAGAUGACAUUAGCAGACUGCAACCUGCUACCCAAACUACACAUUGUGAAGGUGGUGGCCAAAAAAUACCGCAACUUUGAGAUUCCCAAGGAAAUGACAGGGAUUUGGAGAUACCUGACGAAUGCUUACAGCAGGGAUGAAUUCACCAACACCUGUCCUGGAGACAAAGAAAUUGAAAUAGCCUACAGUGAUGUAGCCAAGAGACUCACCAAGUAAAGGGCACUUGCAAAAGAGAUGACUUCUUGCAUAUUCCAUAACAACGCUUCUAACAGACUGCUCUUUUCAUAUAAGAUAGCAAUUUUUUUUGCAUGAACUUGCAGUUAUUCAAAGUUAUGGUGGAUAGACCAGGUACAGUAAUUACCUAAAGUUUGCAGACUU